CGCUGUAGCCACGCACUUUACCCAUGCAGGAAGCGAUAGCAUUGUUCUUCUCUUUGUUCUUCUGUUCCCAUGCUCUGGUGUCUCUAGGGAGCAGCAAUGCCACCGGCGAUGAGCUUGCACUACUCUCCUUCAAGUCCAUGCUGUCGGGCCCGUCCGAGAUCUCACUGGCAUCAUGGAACACGUCCAGCCACUUCUGCAGCUGGAAAGGUGUCGUUUGCGGCCGUCGGCAUCCCGAUAGGGUUGUUGCGCUGCGCUUGAGCUCCUUCAGCCUCUCGGGGCGCAUCUCUCCAUUCUUGGGAAACCUUUCAUUUCUCCAGAAGCUUGAACUUGAUAACAACCAGCUCGUUGGGACGAUACCGCCUGAGCUCGGUCGCCUGAGCAAGCUUCAGGAGCUGAAUUUGAGCGCAAAUCUUCUCCAAGGAAGCAUUCCUGUGGCCAUGGGAGAUUACACCAACCUCAUGGUGCUUGAUCUGAGCAAUAACCAACUGCAAGGUGAGAUCCCAACUGUGAUAGGUGCCAGCUUGAAAAAUCUCGUCCACCUUUACCUUCGGAAAAAUCUUUUGACGGGAGUGAUCCCGCAAUCUCUUGCCGAGUUGCCAUCUAUUGAAUUCUUGUUUUUGUCCUACAACAAUUUAGAUGGUGAGAUACCAUCUGCUUUGGGCAACCUCACAAACCUCUUCAAUAUUGAUUUAUCUGACAACAAGCUUUCAGGAGUUAUCCCUUCAUCUUUCGGCAUGUUGCCAAAUUUAUCUGUGCUCAGCUUAGGCUUCAACAAUUUAACUGGACCAAUACCCAAUUCUAUUUGGAACAUUUCAUCAUUGGGAGUGCUUUCUGUCCAACGAAAUAUGCUAAAUGGAACCAUACCUCCUAAUGCGUUCAGUAAUCUUCCCAAUGUCCAGAGGUUAUACAUGGACCACAACCACUUCCAUGGCCAUAUCCCUGCCUCACUGGGUAAUGCUUCCAAUCUGAUAAUGAUUGUCCUUGGCGCGAAUCCUUUUAGUGGCAUUGUUCCCCAAGAGGUUGGAGAGUUAACAAGUCUUAAUCUACUAGUGCUCACGGAUACUUUAGUUGGAGCCAAGGAACCCAAAGACUGGGAAUUCAUAACUGCAUUAACAAAUUGCUCCCAGCUAGAGGUUUUAAUAUUUGCUAAUUGUGAGUUUAGUGGAACCCUUCCUGAUUCACUAUCCAGUCUUUCCGCUUCACUAAAAUAUCUGUCCCUCUCAGAAAAUGCAAUUUCAGGAAGCAUACCCAAAGAUAUUGGUAAUCUCUUCAAUCUACAAGUCCUCGACCUUGCAGAUAACUCUUUCACAGGAAAUCUUCCAUCAUCCUUGGCUAGGCUUAAAAUCUUGCAAAAGUUCUACGCAAGUGAUAACAGUAUCACUGGACCUGUCCCAUGGGAAAUAGGAAAUCUUACGGACUUGGUUUCAUUGUACUUAAGGUCUAAUGCCUUCAGCGGUAGGUUACCAAGCACACUUGCAAAUCUGACAAUGCUGUCAGAGCUCUAUCUUGCUAACAACAAUUUCGUAGGCCCAAUUCCUAGUGGUUUGUUCAACAUUUCCACACUCUCUAUAGGUUUGGACCUAUCUUAUAAUAGCUUGGAGGGAUCAAUACCACAAGAAAUAGGAAAUCUAAAAAGUCUUGUCGAAUUCCAUGCAGAGUCAAAUAAAUUAUCAGGGGAAAUACCUGCCGCCCUAGGGGAUUGUCAAGGUCUCCGGUAUCUCUACCUCCAAAAUAACAUCUUAACUGGUAACAUCACAGGCCAUUUGAGUCAACUGAAAAGUCUAGAAAUUUUUGACCUCUCAAGCAAUAAUCUAUCAGGUCAGAUACCCAAGUUCUUAGGCAAUCUUACCAUGCUAUCUUACCUAAACCUUUCGUUCAAUAAUUUUAUGGGAGAGGUACCAACUUUUGGUGUAUUCGCUAAUGCUACUGCAAUCUCAAUCCAACACAAUGGUAAACUUUGUGGUGGGAUACCUGUUAUGCAUUUGCCUCCAUGUCCUUUCCAUUUGCCAAAGAAUAAACAUAAACUUCUAGUGAUUCCUAUAGUUACUUCUCUCGUUGGAACAUUAAUCAUCCUUGCCUUGCUCUACAAGCUUCUUACUUGGCAUACAAGAAACAAAGUGAGCAAUCCUUCAACUACAACCAUGCAAGGCCACCCACUUAUCUCCUAUUCACAGUUGGUGAAAGCAACAGAUUAUUUUUCAGCAACAAAUUUGUUGGGUUCUGGUUCAUUUGGUUCCGUGUACAAAGGAGAGCUAGAUGGUCAAGCAGGUGAAAGUACAAACUUUGUUGCCGUGAAGGUGCUAAAACUUCAAACUCCUGGGGCAGUGAAGAGUUUUGUAGCCGAAUGCGAAGCAUUGCGGAACUUGCGACACCGAAAUCUUGUCAAAAUAGUUACAAUUUGUUUGAGCAUUGAUCAUAAUGGGAAUGACUUCAAAGCAAUUGUAUAUGACUUCAUGCCUAAUGGCAGUUUAGAAGGUUGGCUACAUCCUGACACAGAUGGGCAAAUGCAGCAGAGGUUAUUGAAUCUGAUUGAGAGGGUGAGCAUACUGCUCGAUGUGGCUUUUGCGUUGGAUUAUCUUCACUGCGAUGGUCCCGCACCUGUUAUACAUUGUGAUAUAAAAUCUAGUAACGUGCUCUUGGAUGAUGAUAUGGUAGCCCAUGUUGGAGACUUUGGACUAGCUAAAAUUCUUGUUGAGGAAAGCGCAACUGUUCAACAGUCGGCGAGCUCGAUGGUAUUUAAAGGAACAAUCGGCUAUGCUGCCCCAGAGUAUGGUGCUGGAAAUAUGGUAUCAACGAAUGGAGACAUCUACAGCUACGGAAUUCUUGUGUUCGAAAUGGUAACUGGUAGGAGGCCAACAGAUAGCAUCUUCAGAGAAGGAUUAAGCCUCCGUGAAUAUGUUGAGCUGGCCCUGCAUAAUGGGACGAUGGACGCCGUUGACAUGCGUCUGUCUUUGAGCCUCAAUAAUGAACCUCAGGGUGCCGGUGAGGGUGAUUCUUCGCACAAAAGAAAGACUGAUUGCCUGAUUGCUCUACUUAGACUUGGACUGUCGUGCUCUGAGGAACUGCCAUCCAGUAGGAUGUCAACAGGAGACAUCAUCAAGGAGCUGUUUGUCAUCAAACGAUCUCUCUUGUAGGGAAUGCAGAACAUGAACAUGGAGAAGCAUGAACUGUACCUGCUCACGUAUCCAUGUAUAUCUUUAAUCCACUUUUAGAUGCUUCAAGAUGAUUCCAGCUGCAGCUAGAAUUCUUGGAUAAUAGAUGAUUUGUCAAUAUGUCCAGUUUAUGCGGAUGUUUUGUCAUCCUUUAUGUUAUACAAUUAUCGUACUUUGUUGCUCUGCUAGCUGGAGUCGCAGCAGCUGCAAUA